AUGGCAUUUGUUGCCCUGACCGUCCCUCUCUGUCUCCUCCAGAGCCUGGACGUGGCCAACAACCAGCUGCGGGAGCUGCCCUCGGCGCUGGCCGACUGCCCCCGGCUGAAGGAGGCCAACUUCAGGGGCAACCCGCUGAGGGACAAGCGGCUGGAGAAGAUGGUCAACGGGUGCCAGACAAAGGCCAUCCUGGAGUACCUGCGGGCCGGGGGCCGCGGGAAGGGGAAGGCCGAGAGUGCCAGGGAGGAGGUCAGGAAGAAGAAGAGGGAGAAGCAGCAAAAGAAGGACGGUGGGGAUGGGGAGCAGGACGAGGUGGAGGAGGCGAGCAGGCUGCUGGUGAAGGUUCUGCACGUCUCCGAGAACCCGGCGCCCUUGGUGGUCAAAGUGAGCCCAGGCGUCAAAGAUGUUCGGCCCUUCAUCGUGUGCUGUGUGCUGAAGGGAGUGAACCUAAAGCCGGGAAAUGCUCUCAAGAGGUUCCUGUCAAUGCAGACUAAGCUGCACGAGGACAUCUGUGAGAGGCGCACAGUGGCCACCAUUGCCACCCACGACUUGCAGCUGGUCAAAGCUCCUCUGACUUACGACAUUCAACCUCCUGACGAGCUGAAGAUAGUGCCCCUGGGUCGGAAGGAGAUCAAGGCAAAGGACCUUCUCCGGCAGCUGCAUUUGGAGGCUGAGGAGCAGCGGAAGCAGAAGAAGCGUCAGAAUGUCUCUGGGCUGCACAAGUACCUGCAGUUGCUGGAUGGCAAAGACAACUACCCGUGCCUGGUGGAUGCUGAGGGCGCUGUGAUUUCCUUCCCACCAAUAACCAAUAGUGAGAAAACAAAGCUCUCCCUUAGCCAGGGUGACUUCCAGACAGACUCUUUUCUGUUAAAAAUGAUACUCUUGGAGCCCUAA